GGUAUCACUCCUGACCAAAGACUGAUUAACAGUUAAUUGACAGCUAAUUGUAAACAAUCAGUUUUAAAUGAUCAAUUACAAGUUCUACUUAUGGUUUGUAACAAUUAAAACGCCCAAUUGGUGACAUUAAUUUAAAUUGGUUCUCUGGUGCAAUCAACAUUUCUAAUAGUCCAGCAACUUCACUUUAGUCUAUCAUCUAGUACAAGAUGCUAAAUUCAAUGACAAUUAAGUUAAAUUUCAUCGAUAUUGUUGCUCACAACUAAAUUAAGUUGAUCAUCAUGAAGUUUUCAUCUAAUUUCAUCAAACUUUUAUUUCUUAUUAGAUUGUUUCACAUUCAACUAGUUGGUUCAUUUGAUCCUUACAGUAGUCAUGCUCGAAUUCGUGUUGAAGAUGGUAACAUUGUGUUCGAAGCUCCACCGCGAAAAAGCAUCUCAUUUAAAUCCAAUUUAGGUUCGAUUCUAAUCAAUGGUGAUAAUCUAUCGAAUGUAUUGAUUAGAUCACCUUCGUCCUCAUCGAAUGUUGGACAAAGUUCCAUUGAUGGAUCAUCGGCAAUCGAUCAGCGAAUUAAUUCAUUGAAAGAUUCUGUUGAUAAGCUAAAUGAAUAUUCUGAUGUUCUGAGUAAAACUCGAGAAUUGUUCAAUCCUGGUCGUCGACAAUAUUUACCAAGAGAUUUUCGCAGAGCGGUAAACAAUUUAACCCGAUUAACAAAUGAAUUCAAUCAACUGAAACAGAGAUUAGAGGAAAAUCUUUGCUCAACUAAUCCAUGUAGAAAUGGAGGAACGUGUUUACCUGCAUUUCAAUCUUACAUAUGUGAAUGUCGUGAAGGUUGGGAUGGUGCUAAUUGUGAUUCGGAUGUUAAUGAGUGUUUAAAAUUUGCAUCCACUGACCUUGGCUGUCAAAAUGGUGCCACUUGUAUCAAUCUUCCAGGUACAUAUCAAUGUAAUUGUAUCAACGGCUUUUACGGCGUCCAUUGUACCCAAAGGUCAGAUGAUUGUUCCUCAAGUUCAAACGAGGCUCUUUGUGGUCAUGGUAUUUGUCUAUCAGUUGGUAAGCCGGUCGCCGGUAAGCCACAUUACACUUGUCUCUGUGAUCAAGGUUGGACAACUGAUGGUGUGUCACCCGCUUGUCGAGUUGAUGUCGAUGAAUGUUCAAGUUCAAUGCCUCAUUGUUCAAUUAAUCCACCGGUUGAAUGUAUCAAUUUUCCUGGUGGAUUUACCUGUGGACCUUGUCCAGUUGGUUAUAAGAAGCAAGGAUUUUAUUGUUUAGAUGUUGACGAAUGUCAAUUGAAUAAUGGUGGUUGUUCAAUAUCACCUCGAGUUGAAUGUCGUAAUGUCCCAGGGUCAAGGGAAUGUGGACCUUGUCCACUAGGAUUCUCAGGUGAUGGUGUUACCUGUACAUUUGCUGGUAUUUGUUCAAUGAGAAAUGGUGAUUGUUCACCAAUAGCUCAGUGCGUUGAGAUUACAGCCUCAGCUGGACCAGGGCGAUCAUGUCAAUGUCCACCAGGUUACAUGGGUAAUGGUGAAGGGCCAAACGGUUGUCUAGCAAGUACAAGUAUUACCUGUGACCAGCGUCCAUGUGUAUCCGGUAUUUGUAUUACCGUCAAUUCAAAUCCACCAAGUUUCAGGUGUCAAUGUCAACCUGGUUUUUCAGGUUCAAGAUGUGAAAUCUCAACAACAAACCCUUGUAAUCCUAAUCCAUGUCUAAAUGGUGGAUUCUGUCUCAAUAAUCCUAUUUUAGGAGUCAGAUGUCAGUGUUUACCUGCAUAUACAGGUGAUCGGUGUCAAGAUCAACGAUUAGCCUGCACCGGUGACUUUGAUUCUGAAACGGGAAUCCUAAGUUAUCCCUCUAAUGGUGGUAAAUAUCUUCCUGAUACAACUUGUAAUUGGAAAAUACGUUCACCCAUUGGAAAAGUUAUUCGUUUAACCUUCACUGAGCUUGAUCUUGAAAAUUCAUUUGAUUGCCAUGCAGAUUCAAUUCUAAUCUAUGAUGGUCUCACCAAUUCAGCUCCAAUUAUCGGUAAAUACUGUGGUGAUAUAUCCAAAAUUCCGGAAAACCAUACAAUCACAACUGAACAGCCCUACACCCUGAUAACUUUUACAUCUGAUCCGAGUAAUGAAUUCAAUGGAUUCAGUUUAAAUUGGACAGCGAUCACACCUGAAUGUGGAGGUGUAAUUAAUGAAACUGACUUUGGUUCAAUUACAUCACCAAGAUAUCCUGAUCCAUAUCCACCGGGUCGAGAUUGUUAUUGGUUCAUUCGUGCACCAUUAGGUAAACGGAUAACAUUUCACUUUGCUUUGCUUUCACUGGAAUAUCAUGCUACCUGUGAAUUUGACUUUCUUCGAGUCUAUGAUGGAAUAUCGGAAAAUGAUCCAAUUCUUGGAAAUUUCUGUAAUACAACUAAUCCACCACCGAUGACAACUUCAGGUCCUUUUGCUUUGAUUCAUUUCCAUUCGGAUAAUAAUCGACAAGAUGCUGGAUUCCAUAUAACCUAUGCCACUAUUCCAGCGAUCAUUGGAUGUGGUGGACUAUUAACUAACGAUAAAGGUUCAAUAAGUUCACCAAGUUUUCCGAAUCGAUAUGAAAGUAAUUUAGAAUGUGAUUGGGUGAUUAGAGUAAAAUCUUCCGAUGAAAAAAUUGAACUGAGAUUUGAUUCAUUUUACUUGGAACAUCAUCCAAAUUGCUUUUUUGAUUAUAUUGAAGUUCGAGAUGGAGAUGAACCAAAUUCACCAUUGAUUGGACGUUACUGUUCAGAAGUAAUUCGACCACCGAAUCCAAUUGUAUCGAGAAAGAAUAAACUAUUCAUCAGAUUUCGCUCUGAUCUAUCACUCGCAGGAACGGGUUUCUUGGCUAAAUAUGAAGUUCUAUGUGGUGGUCAGUUUACCGGUGAAACGGGAACGAUAAAAACACCAAACUAUCCUUACCCUUAUCCUCCAAUGAAAAACUGUACUUAUCAUAUUCAAGUUCCCCAAGGGAAAGUGAUCCAGUUGAGUUUCUCAUUCUUUGACCUUGAAGAUUCACCAAACUGUUAUCAAGACUAUGUAACAAUCUCAGAUCCUGGAGUGAGUUCUAGUAAUCAAACGGAACGAUUCUGUGGCUCUCAAAUUCCAGAUCAAAUCACCUCGAAUUUGAAUGAACUGAUUAUCCAUUUCAAAUCGGAUUUUGUAUUAUCCAAUCUUAAACUUGGAUUCAUUGCAAAUUAUUCAACGAUUGAUGCAUCAUGUGGGGGUGUCCUUCGUGAGAAAAAUGGAGUGAUAACAUCACCGAGUCACCCUGAAGAGUAUUCUCAUGCUAAAGAGUGUACCUGGAUUCUAAGUGCACCUAAAGGAUACAUCGUCCAGUUGACAUUCACUUUGUUCAACUUGGAGCCAAGUCGAAAGUGUAACUUUGACUAUGUUGAAAUAAUGGAUAAAAGUUAUAACAUCGGUAGAUUUUGUGGUAAUUCAAUUCCACCGGUAAUCCAAUCAAGUGAAGAACAAUUAAUUUUAAAAUUUAAAUCCGAUACAUCGAUUUCAUUUGAAGGAUUUGUCGCUUCUUAUUCAUUCAUCGAUGGAUCUAAACAUUGUGGUGGAACGUUAAGAGCACCAAAUGGAGAGAUUGUCAGUCCCAAUUAUCCGAGACGUUAUCCAGCCUCACGUCGAUGUUUAUGGAAAAUAAUUGGACCUGAAAAUAAUCAGAUUCGAGUUCAGUUCAUGCAAAUUGACCUUGAAUCACAUGAUACAUGCGUCUUUGAUUAUAUUGAAAUUUACAAUGGUCAAGAUACUUCAGCUCCGCUGGUUGGCCGAUAUUGUAAAUCCAAGUUACCAAGUCCGGUUGUGUCUCAUUCAAAUACAAUGGUCAUACUGUUUGUCUCCGAUAGCGGUGUCUCUGGACCAGGAUUCCGUUUAAAAUAUGACAUUGCCGAAACGGGUUGUGGUGGUGUACUAAAAUCGGCUAGUGGACUUAUCAUAUCACCAAAUUAUCCUUUCCCAUAUAAUCAUAAUGCUCAAUGUACUUGGAUAAUUAAAACUUCCAAAGGAUCUCGACUUAUUUUGAACAUCGUUGAUUUGGCCUUCGAAUCGCAUCAAAUAUGUACUCAUGAUCGAUUAGACAUUUUCGAUGGUCCAGAUGAUAAAUCGAAAAGACUUUUACGAGCCUGUGGUGAUCAACUAAUCACUGAACCAAUUAGAUCAACAUCCGAUUCGGUUACCGUUAAAAUGGUCACUGAUGCAUCGGUUGCUUUUAGAGGAUUCAAAUUAAAUUAUGCCACCAAUUGUACCAAUACAAUUAGGGGAACUCGUGGUGCAAUUGAGACACCAAAUUAUCCUAACCUUUAUUCUGGUAAUUCAAAUUGUUCCUGGAAAAUCAGUGUACCUCAGGGUAAUAAUAUUAGUUUAGCUUUUCAAGAAUUGAAGUUCGACUCACCUUGUUCAUCGUCCUACCUGUUGAUCACUUCAUUGAAUAAAGGAAAUCAAAGUAAAUAUUGUGACAACAAUUCAACUGUUGGUAGUAUUUUGAUUAGGGAUCAUGAUAUACGAAUUAAUUAUGUUAAUAUUAAUUCAACGAUUCCUGUUCGAUUCCGUUUGGAGUGGGCAUUGGACGGAUGUGGUGGUGAAUUUACAACCAACCCAGAUGGUUCAGUUACCAAGCAAUUCUCACCUAAUUAUCCUAAUCCUUAUCCCAAUGGACUUUCCUGCCAGUGGACAAUUAAAGCUAAACCUGGUAAUCAAAUUGUUCUCAAUGUUAUUGAUUAUUAUGUUGAAGCGGGACAAAAUUGUCAAUUUGAUUCACUUCAAGUUUAUUCUGGUCUCGAUACAACUUCACCUCGAUUGAUGACCCUUUGUGGUCAAUCAUCUACUACUAAAACUGUUUCAUCUAAUGGUAACUAUAUGACCAUCGUUUUCUCAACCGAUUCCUCGAUUUCUGGUAAAGGAUUUGCAUUUGAAUUCUAUUCCAAAAUUGGUAAUUGUGGUUCUUAUCAGAAUUUGGAAGAGGGAACAAUCAUCUCACCCAAUUAUCCGAAUAAUUAUUCCAUUUCCGAUGAUUGUUUAUGGACAAUCUCCAAUACUGACCAUCGGAUCAAAGUUACGAUCCAAGAUAUUGAUAUACCUAUUUCAGUAAAUUGUUCUGAAAGUUAUCUAGAAUUUAAUACUCCAAAUGAUGAUAGUGAUUUCACUAGAUUGUGUGGUAAUCAAGUUCCAACUCAGCAAAUUAUCUCGAAAACGGAAUAUCUUAGAGUUCGUUUCAAGGCUGAUGGUAAUAAAUCGGGUAAAGGUUUCAAGUUCCUUUAUCAGGCCAUUUGUGGUGGAAUACGUUAUGCAUAUAGCUAUACAAAAACGAUAACUAAUCCUAAUUAUCCAUCGAUUUCAAUCAAAAAUCCAAAUUGUGAUUGGAUCAUUAAAAAUAACGAUACCGGUUCUCGAAUACUUUGGUCGUUUAAUAGUAUUUCAAUUAGUCAACCUGGAAGUUUAGAGUUCAGGGAAGGUGAUUCCAUGGAUUCACCUUUGAUUGCUCGUUACACCAGUUCGAUUCAUCCACCGCCGAUAAUAACUCAGGGGAAUUCGUUGUUUGUCCGAGAAGAGGGAAAUGUCAUUUUCUCGGCAUUUUAUUCAACGGACAUUAGUCGAUGUGGUGGAAAUUUCAACAGUUUCUCUGGAUUUUUUACUUCACCAGGUUAUCCAAGUGCUUAUCCACUUUCUACUUGUAUUUGGACCAUUCGAGUGGCUCCAGGUAAUCGAGUGACCUUAUCGUUUACCGAUUUUAACUUUGAAUCGGAUGAUUUUUGUGCUCUCGAUUAUUUGGAAAUUCGUGAGACAAAUUCAUUUGGUCCAUUGGUUGGCCGUUUCUGUGGACAAUCAAUACCAAUGAUAAACAAUUCAACUCUUUAUUCUGGAUUAUGGAUUAAAUUUCAAAGUGAUGGUCAAGGAUCUGCACCAGGAUUCCAGGCAUCAUUUGAAACAUCGGUCAAUGUUGACCUGACCGGUUCUUCGGGAGUAAUUGCAUCACCAGGUUAUCCAAAAUAUUAUUCAACCGAUAAAUCUCAAUCAUGGACAAUUACAGUUGAAGACAAUCUCGUUGUCUCAUUUAAAUUUACCUACAUUUCAAUUGCUAAACCAUAUAUCGAUUGUCUCAAUUGGUACGUGGCAAUUUACGAUGGUACAGAUUCAACUUAUCCUUUGCUGGGAAAAUUUUGUGGCUAUCAAGUUAAACAGAUAAUCACAACUUCAUCCAAUGUCGCCCAUGUUAUUUUCAAACCAAACUUCCUCUCGUCACAAUUUAAUUUAAGAUGGAAAGCUGAACCUAAAAACAUUUCCAGUGUCUUUAUUGGUGACAUUUUUCACCUCCAUCUUCAUCUAUCCCUUGUACCUACAUCAAUGAUACACAAUUGGGACAAAAUAAGCAUCACAUCACCAGGUUAUCCUCAGGGUUAUAUAGCCAAUCUUAAUUGUAGCUGGACAAUUUCAUCUCCAAUGGGAACUCAUUUAGAAGUGAAAAUAGUUGACUUAUAUCUCGAAACAGCGGGUUCGAUUGACAAUGAUUGUAAUUACGAUAAAGUUUCCUUUUAUGAUUAUAAUUUCGAGGAAAAUGUUUGGCAAAUCAAUCGGACUCUUUGUGGAAAGACAAAGAUUAACUUUAAUCUGACAUCAGAUUUAUCAAAGAUUAUCUUUUCUACCGAUAGUCAUGUAAAUAGAGUUGGAUUUAAUUUAACAGUUGCUCCAAUUUGUGGUGGAUUAUUUCAUAAUACUCAUGGUUUCAUUAAUUCAUCUCUCUUACAAUCGUAUGGAUCAUGUUCAUGGAGGAUAAUUGUUCGUGAAGGUCGAACCAUUUCACUCAAGUUUAACUCAUUUAGUUUGGGUCCGAAUCAAAAUCCAUGUACAAAAGGUUAUCUCGAUGUUCGAGAUGGUCCUUUCUCCAAUUCUCCGUUACUUGGACACUUUUGUGGUACUAAUUUACCAUCGGAAAUUGAAUCGUCUUCCAAUCAUUUGAACAUUUUUGUCAAUGCACCGCAAUCAACAUCGACUGACUUUUCGAUCGAGUAUCGUGAAGUUUCAUCAGCGUGUGGAGGUAUUAUUGAACUCGACGAAGUAAAUAAUCCAUCGGUUAUGAUUGAAUCUCCUGGUUAUCCUUUACCUCCAGCUCAUGCACUUGAAUGUGAUUGGCUGAUUAAAGGUCCAGAUCAUCGGGUUCUCAGAUUAGAUUUCAUGAUGACCGCCAGUUCAGUGCAUGAUUAUAGUUCUUGCAACACUAAUUUAACCUCUAUUGAUGUUCACGAUGGUGGAACUGAACUUUCUCCUCGAUUAGGUCGAUACUGUCCACGGCCAAGAGCUUCUGCUUUAUUGACAACUGAGAAUCUAAUGUUUAUCCGUUUCAAAGGUUCAGGUGAUUUAAUUUUUGCCUCUUUUCAGGCUACUGUUUCUAUCCAUAUUUGUGGUGGAUCUUAUUUCCUAAGUAGUUCGGGUGCCGUUAUCCAAAGUCCAAACUAUCCGUUGUCCUAUGAAAAUAAUAUGAUGUGUGUUUAUCAUUUUCACGCAUCUCGGUUAACUAGCAGCAUUUAUGCAACGAUAACAUCAUUAGAUUUACCAUCAGAAGUCAGCGAUGAUUGUACGACAGGAGAUUAUUUAGAAUUCCGUGAAUCGGAUUCAACGGGAGAUUUUAUCGGAAGAGUUUGUGGUACAAGGAAUUCAUCGGUCACCGUCAAAUCGAAAACCAAUGUCAUGUAUCUUUUAUUUAGAUCGAACCUGGAAAAUACUGGUCAAGGUUUCAAAAUAUCAUUGAAAGAAAUGAUCAACUAUGAUAAUUCUGAUUGUUAUGCUAAUUCAUUGAAUGCUUCUCAACCUGGUACAAUAAGGUCACCUCAAUUCCCUGCAGCUCAUCCCGCUCCACGAGUUUGCUCUUGGACUAUUAUCGCUCCAUUUACUAAUCGUAUCACAUUAAUAUUUACAAAUUAUAACUUAAAAGCUGAUACAAGGAUGAAUAGUUCAUGCCUCGAUUCACUUGAACUUAGUUUCGAUCCACAGCAAACAUAUUUAGAGAAUUAUGUUGAAUAUACACCAAACAAAUUGUCACUUCCAUGUGGUUUCCGUUCACAAUUUACAGUUAAAUCAACCAACAAUAUAGCUACUCUCACAUUCAAAACAAACGGCCUGAAUCAAGGCGAGGGAUUUGCAGUCAAUUACUUUGCCAGUGAACCAACAGAAUGUGGAGGAAUUGUGACCAAAGAUUCACCAGCGAUUGUAUCGACCAACUUUUCCAACCCGAUCGACGAUACUUUGAUCAAUUGUAUCUGGAAGGUUGAUGAUCCGUUUGAACAGGGUUUAGGAAAAACACGCUGGAUAGAAUAUGAGAAAAUUGAGAUUCUAGGAUCAGAUACUAACGAUGAAUAUUGUUCUAACGCUAGAAUCACCCAAGGCUCUAUAAGAGAUAAACGAAAUACAAUAACUGAUAUAAUCUGUGGAAAUAAAACUAAUCAUGUUUCGAUAAUAUCUCAGUCAGUAUCUCCAUUGGGUUUAACUGCUCGAAUCAAUCGUACUCGAGGUUAUCGUGGGUUGAAAGCAACUUAUCGUAGCAGUGACUGUGGUGGACUCAUGUAUUAUAUUAACGGGAACUUUAGUUCACCUGGAUGGCCUGCUAACUAUCCCGUCAAUACAACCUGCUUGUGGGAAUUUUUCAGUAUUUGGGGUCAAUCUAUUCAGGUCAAUUUUACCUCAUUCGAAUUGGAAUCAGAUUGUUCUAAAGAUUAUCUUGAAAUUCGUGAAGGUCCAUUCUAUGAUUCAGCUUUAGUUGGUCGAUAUUGUGCCAACAAUAUGCCUCCACCUUAUACAUCAUCCGGAAGUCGAAUCGUUAUCCUUUUCAAAAGCGAUGGCAUUGGUAAUGGAAAAGGUUUUAAUUUCCAAUUAUCAAACUAUCGAAGAGUUUGUGGUGGAGCUGUAAAGGGUGGUCCAAUCUACAGUAAAAGAUACCCUGAUGUUUAUCCGAAUAAUAUUGAGUGCAUAUGGAAUAUUGAACUAAACGAGGAUUAUCGUGUAAAUCUGACAUUUAUCAAUCGUUUUGAUAUUGAACAAUCGGUGAAUUGUACUAAAGAUUUUGUUGAAAUUAAGGAAUGGUCAGAUAAUGAUUGGAGGUCAAAGGGUAAAUAUUGUGGUUUAACUGCUCCAAAAUCAAUCAUCCUUUCGGGAAAUAAAGGUCAAGUCAUUUUCCAUAGUGAUGAUGAUGAUCGUCGUGGUGAUGGAUUCUAUCUGAUUGUAACUAAACAGUGUGGAUACACAAUUGAUAAACUAGGUUCUGGUAUCAUAAGAACUCCCGGUUUCCCAACUUAUCAUGAUAACACGCAUUGUGAAUGGACUUUGAAAGGACAAAGACCAACGGACAUUAUCACUUUGACCUUUGAUGAGUUUGAUCUUGAACCCAAUCCAGCUUGUGUAUUUGAUUAUGUUAUGAUAAUCAAAGGUAAUUUAACAACUCGAUCAGAUGUAAUUGGUAGAUUCUGUGGUAAAGAUAAACCGGAUAAGAUAACAGUUCGAGGAAAUUCAUUGAUAAUCUUUAACUCGGACGGGAUUCAUUCAUUAAAAGGAUUCACUCUUAGCUAUCAGAUAAUCCCAUGUGGAGGUGAAUUCAAUAGUUCAAUUGGUGAAAUAUCAAGUCCAAAUAUUGAUGGUAAUUAUGCUCCAGGGGUUGAUUGUAGUUACUUAAUUCGAGGACCUGAAAACUAUUCAAUCUCAUUAGAGUUGAACAGUUUCUCGCUUUACAAUAGUGAACUUUGUUAUCCUUCAUACCAAGUAUUUGAAAGUAAUGAACUGGACUAUCUUGAAAUUCGAGAUGGACCUAAUAGAACUGAUCAUUUGGUGCUUCGUAUCUGUGGUACACACGAGCCGAUGAAAAUUAGAUCAACAAAUAAUGAAAUGCUGGUGGUUUUUCAUUCUGAUGAAUAUCUUUCCAGCACUGGAUUCACGGCUUCAUGGGACAUUACCCCAGGACUCCCAAUGGGAUGUGGUGGUUUAUUAAAUAGCACAACGGGAACAAUACAAUCACCUGAUAUUGAUCAGGAUGGUAGAUAUGAGAAUAAUUUAGACUGCAAUUGGAUGAUUAUAUCUGAUGGUGAGAAUGAUGUUAUCGAGAUAACAUUUAGCUUGAUGGAUAUUGAGGCAAGUUCAUUAUCACCGAGAAUAGUUUGUUCAAAUGAUUACCUAGAGAUACGAGAUGGACUUUCGUAUUCAAGUCCAUUGAUUGACCAUUUCUGUUCAUCGGAAUUACCAUCAAAGAUUAUUACAACAUCAUCGAAAGUUUAUCUUUAUUUUCAUACAAAUUCUGACAUCAAUGGAGCAGGAUUCAAAUUGUCUUAUAGAACUGUAAAUAAUACUUGUGGUGGUCAAAUUGAUUAUCAAAAUGAUGUAAUUAUUUCAUCACCCAACUAUCCGAAUGCUUAUCCACCAACAACAAGGUGUCGUUGGGUAUUUCCAAAUCGUUUCGAAGGAUCCGUUACUCGAAUUGAUUUCGUUGAUGUCGAUUUAGAUUGUAACUCAAAGGAUCUACUUGAGAUCACCGGUAAUUCACUUUAUCGGGAACCAGUUCGUAUCUGCGGCUCUGUGACACCUCCACCGAUACACUUUGGAUUUGAGGACAUUGUGAUUAUAUUUAAUUCACGAUCUCCCAAUAAAACGAAACAUCGAGGUUUCUCUUUGAACUAUCGGCAAUCGGGUUGUGAUGGCGUAUACACAGAGGAAUCGGGUUUAAUUACCAAUGUCAGAUAUCCUUACGUUACUCAACUUAACGUAACGUGUAACUUUACCAUCAGAGCUCAGCCUGGAUACACGAUAUCGAUUUACUUUCAUGAUGCAAGUUUCCUCUCUAAUUAUUUAAAUAUGGGUAAUUGUGGCAAUUCAACUAAAUUAAUGGUAAAAGAUGGAGACUCGGUUUACAAAUCGCUACCAAUUUGUACCAAGAUGAUUCCCGAGCCCAUUUUUUCAUUGACAUCUAAUUUAUCGGUGGUACUUAGUACCGAACGGUACAGAUAUGUUAUGAUUUAUACGACGACAAAUGCAGGCCCAGGAUGUGGUGGUAAUAUAAGAGCAUUUAACGGGACUUUCACUUCACCAUUGUAUCCGAAAUCUUUUUCAAAUGCUACCGAGUGCACGUGGAAUAUAUUCAAUUAUGGUAUUCAUUCAAUUACCUUUCGAUUUGUAACUUUCGAUUUUACAUCUUUACCUGGAUGCACUUCGAAUUUUGUUGAGAUUUAUGAUAAUUCACUCGUUGGUCGUUAUUGUGGUUCGGAAAUACCAGCGACUUAUAUUUCUAGGGGAAGCUCAUUGAGAAUCAAAAUGGUCACUUCAUCGGACAACAGAGGGAACGGGUUCCUAGCUGAGUUUGGAAUCAAUAAUUAUGGUCUUCCAAAUUCACCAAAGAUAAUAUCCAAGCCUUUGUAUGAUCCAAUUAGGAAUGAUUUUGGUUUUAAUGAAUUCUAAUUACUAAAUAAAAGAGAAUACUGAAUGUCAGAUGUAAAACUCGUUGCAUAGAAUGAAUGUUUAUUGUUAAAAUAAAUUGAAAAUAUGAUGAGUUUUAAAUAAAUUA